UGACCCUUACCUCCAUUGGUACUCUGGUUUCUCCAGCUCAGAUUGUAGGGGGAGAGGGUGAGCGAGAGCUCCAAGAAUUACCCCCAGAGCCCAGAUAAAUCGGAACCUGAAUUAACGGUAUUGUGGACCCGAUUCGGAUAAUCUCCGGGUUUUUGAUUCGGAGAAUCCGGUGAAGUGAUGGACUCCUACUGUUCUGACUGCAAGCGGAACACCGAGGUGGUGUUCGAUCAUGCGGCCGGGGAUACCGUGUGCUCGGAGUGUGGGCUUGUGCUGGAAGCCCGCUCCAUUGAUGAGACCUCUGAGUGGAGAACGUUUGCCGAUGAUUCGGGCGAUCACGACCCGAAUCGUGUGGGUGGACCCGUUAACCCACUUCUGGGGGAUGCGGCUCUUACUACGGUUAUUUCUCGGGGUGCCAAUGGCUCGAGUGGGGAUCCAUCGCUGUCCCGGUUGCAGAACCGGGGCGGGGAUCCGGACCGGGCUAUUGUCUUGGCUUUUAAGACCAUUUCUAACAUGGCUGAUAGGUUGAGCCUUGUAACCACCAUUAAGGACCGGGCAAGUGAAAUAUAUAAAAGGUUGGAAGAUCAGAAGUGUACAAGAGGAAGAAACUUGGAAGCUCUUGUGGCUGCCUGCAUUUAUAUUGCUUGUCGUCAGGAAGGCAAGCCACGCACUGUAAAAGAAAUAUGCUCUAUUGUUGCUGGGGCGACAAAAAAAGAAAUUGGCCGGGCGAAAGAAUUUAUUGUGAAACAGUUAAAGGUUGAGAUGGGUGAGUCAAUGGAAAUGGGUACCAUUCAUGCAGGGGACUAUCUGAGGCGUUUCUGCUCCAAUCUUGGUAUGAGCAAUGAAGAGGUCAAAGCUGUCCAAGAAACUGUCCAGAAGGCAGGGGACUUCGAUAUUAGGAGGAGCCCUAUAUCUAUUGCUGCAGCAAUAAUUUUUAUGAUAACUCAGCUCUCAGAUUCAAAGAAACCCCUGAGAGACAUUUCAAUUGCUACUACAGUUGCAGAAGGGACUAUCAAGAAUGCCUACAGGGAUCUCUACCCCCACGCCGCCAAGAUCAUACCCGAAUGGUAUGCUAAGGAAAGGGACCUGAAGAACCUCUGCAGUCCUAAAGCCUAAACCAGAGGUUUCACUAUUGCGUGUUUUUAACUCGAUACUCGGGCAUCGUUGGAAUGAAGACACAGAGAUAUAACACAGUUUUACUAUUUACCCCUCCCUUUCUUACAGUCAAGAAUUUCUAACUCUGGAAUUUGAUUGACCUGUCUACAAUAUUUCACACAAGUUAACUGAUUUAUUGAAUGAACGAGAGCUUCGACCGUCGAGCCCUUCUUUCUUGCAAA